AUGUUUGUGUCUGGAUGGGAUGACGAUGAUGAAGGUGUUAAUUCUGCAUCGGAUCCAAAAGCUAAUCCUAUUGAUCAUGUAUUGUGGGCAGCAGAGAAUGGUAAACUUGAAACUUUAAAGGAACUAUUACAGAAACAACCUGGUCUAAUACAUGCUCAAGAUUCAGAUGGAUACACACCUCUUCAUCGAGCAGCAUAUAGUAAUCAUGUGGAGAUAAUAUCAUACUUGAUCAGUGUUGGAGCCAAAAUACAUGCAAAAACUCAAUUGGGAUGGACACCAUUACAUUCUGCUUGCAAUUGGAAUAAUUAUAUAGCUGCUGCUAGAUUAUUGGCUGCCGGUGCAAAUCCUGCAGCUGUAUCUGAUGGGGAACAAACUCCCAUGCAUUUAGCAGCAGCAAUAAGUCAUUGUAAAUCAACUUUGCUGAUUCUGUUCUUGAGAGAUGAUACUGUGGAUCUAGCAAAUAAGCUUAAUAAUUCAAAUGAAUCACCAGCAAUGUUGGCUCAAGGUCAUGGCAUAUAUGGACCUCUUUUUGAAAUGUUAUGUCCUUCAGUAUCUUAUAUAAAAUCCUUAGCAUUUACUUGUAAUCCUUAUGUAAGGUAUGGUGUUAAUAAUAAUUAA